UAAAAGAAGCGAGUAACAUUCUAGUUUCUGUGAACGAAAAGAUUUUUCACACUCGAGAAUCAAUCUACAACUGCGCGUAGUACGCUGAUAAGAUUAGAAUAAACUUGUACCAUCAGGCGCGAGAUUGAAGGGAAGGUUAACUUUAUUGCAACUGACCAGGAAGAGUGCUUUUUUCUGAAGGUUAUCUAGUUAUUCUACUACAAAUAGAAUGGGUUCUAAAGUAAAGAUCGGAAUCAUCGGUGGAUCAGGACUUGACGACAGUCAAAUAAUAGAAAACCGUACAGAACGCGUGGUUAACACACACUUCGGUAUUCCCUCGGAUGUGCUGAUUGAGGGCAAAAUAGCCGGGGUUGACUGCGUUCUGCUAGCACGGCACGGAAGGAACCAUUCCAUCAUGCCAUCCAAUGUUAACUACCGGGCUAACAUUUGGGCCCUGAAGACCCUGGGCUGCACGCAUGUGAUUGUGUCAACGGCUACGGGAUCUUUGAAGGAAGAAAUUCAUCCGGGUGAUAUCAUUAUUCCGGAUAAUUUUAUCGAUCGUACCACGAAACGGGUACAGACGUUCUACGAUGGCAAUGAACUGCUGGUAGGAGUCUGCCAUAUACCGAUGGAACCGGCGUUCUGUAAUCGUACGCGCGACGUGCUUAUCGAAACGGCCAACGGCAUCGGGCUUGCAGUGCACCCGAAAGGAACUGUUGUGACAAUUGAAGGGCCACGAUUUUCGAGCAAAGGCGAAAGCAACCUUUUUCGCCAGUGGGGUUCCGAUCUGGUGAACAUGACGCUUGUUCCGGAAGUGGUGCUGGCAAAGGAAGCGGGCCUCUGCUAUGCUGCUAUUGCCAUGGCAACCGAUUACGACUGCUGGAGAGAAGCGGGCGAAGAUGUAAACGUGAAGGAUGUUAUGGCAACGUUCAAGAAGAACGUUACCAAAGUAACGGAAUUGAUUACCAAUGCUAUACCGAAGAUAGCCGCACUGGAUUGGACAGAGACAAUCGAGGAGCUAGCGAAGACGGUCAACACUAGUAUAAUGCUACCACAUUCCAACUAAACGAAAGCAUGAGAAACAAAAUGCAAACGAGAUUCAAGCAAUCUUGUCAGUCACCUCUAUAACGCUGUAGACAUUGAAUAGCGAGGACUGAACAAUACCGGUAGACUAACGCAAACGCACGUAUCUCAGUGUUAAGGAGUGGUACAAAAAAAGCAAAUUUCAUGUAGCUGGAUAGGGUGAGGAACAAAACAAUCAUCUGCCUAGUCAAUUGUAUUCUUUCCUUGCCAUGUGUGUAGACCGGCGUGUUUACGAGUACUCUAAUGAGCAAACUGUGCUACUACUUUUCAGAAGCAAUAUGACCCUAUUUUGAGCACCAAACAUUAAAAUAUCUUACUUCAAAUGGUGGGAAGCAUUUAUUCUUGUGAAGAUUUCAAAUAAUAAACCAUUUGUACACGCA